UAGGUCCUAGUAGCUCAAAUAACAGUAAAACAAUAAAAAGCAAAUUAAUGUAAUACUAGUAUAUUUUCAAUUCCACAUAAGUGUAAUAAAAUGAACACAUUUAAAUAAAAUAUCAUUGUCCUUCAUGUUUACUAACCAAGUCUUUUUAAUACACAAUAAUUCAUACACUUCACUUGAAGGAUCGUAGCUAGCUUCCGCCCCUGCGAGUUGUUACCGAGCAUGGCCGUUGUACGCAAGCAAGGGAAAAUGGCAAUGGAAAUGGAACCGAGUUAUGACAACGACGAAGAGCAGCUUGAAAAUGAAGAGGACGAAGAGGAAUCAACAUCGAAGGGGAUAUCUCGAAAACCAGAUGAUGAAUUUAAUUUGGACGAAGUGUUGCGUUUGGGAGGCACCAAAGCAGAUUAUGUUAUGCUGGCCUCUGUAAAUGAUACACAAGAGCUUGUCGAUGGUGGAAAGAAAGAUAUCAUUGAUGACCUGAAAAAGGGGGAGCUGGAGGACUUCAUCACCAAGCUUGGCAUCCGCGCACAUGCCGAUCGCUUCCAAGUCAUAGCCGACGAGUCUGCUGAGCAGGAGGACUCUCAGAAUACUCAGAAGAACAACAAAACAACAGAAGAAAAGAAGGGGAAACCAGAGAAGGCAAAAGAACCCCCAAUAAACCAAGAACAGCCAGGUGCUGAGGGUAAGAAGAAGACAAAAAAAGCAAAAGAGGUCAGUGCUACUGUUCGGGGGAAGAAGGAAAAACAGAAUGCUAACCUGUUCGAGUUCCACAAACGGCAGUUGCUGCUCAUCAAACCUGGUGGAAAGUGGUUUGAGCAGGAAUACACCAACGAGAGAGAAUCCGCCCCUCAGGACGAGGCUCUGGUUGCCCAGUACAAGGCCCUGGCCCAGAAGCUGCUGGAGGCUGAGGCCGGCCUCUUCAAGAGCAAGAAGAACGCGCAGAAGGGCGCCAGCUCGGGGUGGAUGAAGACUGUGGUUUCCACGGGGACCCUGGCCGACAGGAUGGCGGCCAUGACGGUGCUGAUCCAGGACGCUCCGGUGCACAGCCUGCAGUUUGUGGAGAAUCUGGUCUCGCUCAUGAAGAAGAAGGGCGGCCGUCGCCAAAUCCUGAUGGCCCUGGACACGCUGCGGGAGCUGCUGCUGUCCGACCUGCUCCCGGAGCACCGCAAGCUGAGGACCUUCUCCCAGAGGCCCUUCGACAAGCUGGAGGAGCUGGCCAGCGGGAACCGCGACGUCCGCGACCGCCGCCUCGUGCUCUGGUACUACGAGCACCUCCUGAAGCACCAGGUGGCCGAGUUUGUGGUGGCGCUGGACGGGCUGGCCCACGACACGGUCCUGGCCACCAAAACCCGCGCCCUCACCACCGCCCACGAGCUGCUCUGCAGCCGGCCCGAGCAGGAGAGGGCCCUGCUGGCCCAGGUGGUGAACAAGCUGGGCGACCCCGAGUACAAGACGGCGUCCAAGGCCUCCUACCUGCUGGAGACGCUGCUACACUCGCACCCCAACAUGAAGGCGGUGGUGUGCGCCGAGGUGGAGCGCCUGAUGUUCCGGCCCAACGUCCACGCCAAGGCGCAGUACUACGCCGUUUGCUUCCUCAACCAGAUCCUGCUGAGCCACGAGGAGGGCGAGCUGGCCAGCAAGCUCAUCGCCAUCUACUUCUCCUUCUUCCGCGCCUGCAUCAAGAAGAAGGACGUGGAGUCCAAGAUGCUGAGCGCCCUGCUGUCGGGUGUGAACAGGGCCUAUCCCUACGCCAAGACGGGGGACGACAAGGUGAAGGAGCAGCUGGACACGCUGUUUAAAGUGGUGCACAUUGUUAAAUUUAACACCGCUGUUCAGGCUCUCAUGCUGCUCUUCCAAGUGAUGGACUCUCAGCAGACCAUCUCUGACCGCUACUACGUUGCGCUGUACAGGAAGCUGUUGGACCCUGGUCUCCAUCUGUGCUCAAAGCAAGGCAUGUUCCUCAACCUGCUGUACAAGUCCCUGAAGGUGGACAUCGUCCUGCGCCGCGUCAAGGCCUUCGUGAAGAGGCUCCUGCAGGUCAGCUGCGAGCAGAACCCCACCUUCGCCUGUGGGGCUCUCUUCCUGGUGUCAGAGGUCAUGAAGACCAAGCCGGGCCUCAAGCUCCUGCUGCAGGACAACGAGGAUAGCGAAGAGGAGAAAUUCAAAGACCUUGACGAUGAAGAUGACGACGAGGAGAGGUUUACAGAUGCUGAUAAGGUGGAGGAAGGGAAGGAGCAGAAACCGGAAGUGCCCAGUCAAGCCGUGUCCUGGGUGCAUCACCAAAACAUGGAGGGUGGGAAAAACAUGGACACUUAUGACCCCUUGCACAGAAACCCUUUGUUUUGUGGGGCUGACCGGGCCACUCUGUGGGAGCUGAAAAGGCUUUCUGCUCAUUUCCAUCCGUCUGUAGCCCUGUUUGCCAAGACCAUUUUACAGGGCCAGUUCAUCCAGUACACAGGGGACCCUCUCCAGGACUUCACCCUGAUCAGAUUCCUUGAUCGCUUCGUCUUCAGGAAUCCCAAACAGCAGAAAUCGAGAGAAAAUACAGACAGCUCUGUUCUGCAGCCCAAACUGAAACUCUCCAUGAACAACAUCCGAGCUUUGCCUGUCAACUGUGAGCAGUUCCUGGCCAAGGAGGAAAGUCAAAUUCCUGUAGAUGAGGUGUUCUUCUAUAGGUUCUUCAAAAAACGGGAGGCGGAGAAGCAUCUACGACGGCCAAGGGGCGACGGGGACAAUGAAAGCGUAGAGGACGUCGAUGACGACGAGUUCGAGAAGGCGCUCGAUUCAUUUGAAGGGGACAGUUACUUCACAGACCUCAAGGAUGACAGUCUGGACUUUGCUGGCAACGUUAAGGGCAAGUCCCAAAAGGGCAAGAAAGGUGACGACAUCUCUGAUGAAGACUCCGACGAAGAUGACCUGGAUGAUGAGGAGGUGUCUCUGGGUAGCAUGGAUGAGGAGGACUUCGGAGAUGUGCUGGAGGACGAGGGAGGGGCCUUCAUGGACAUUGGAGGAGAUGAUGAGGAGGAGGAUGAGGAAGAGGAGCUGGCAGACUCAGGGGAGGAGAUGGACGAAGUCGAGGAAGUGAGUUCCGUUUCCAAAAAGGGCAAGAGGAAGAAGUCAACAGAGCUUGACUUUGUAGCCUCUCUAGGAUCGAAACAAGGACGGAAGAAGAAAAAGACUAUGAAGGAAGAGGGUGGUAUGGUCGCUUCUGCUGAAGAGGUUGGGUAUUUGUUGGAUGAACACGUAGGAUCCAAGUUUGACAAUGUUGGUAUCAAUGCCAUGGCAAACAGAGACAAAGCAGGCCUCAAACAGCUGAAAUGGGAGGCGCAGAGGGACGACUGGAUCCGAGGAAGAGACGUCAAAACCCUGCGGAGGAAAAAGGCCAUGUUUAAAAAACGGACGCAAUUCGGCAAGUUUAAGGGCAGCAAAAGGAAGGCCAAGAAAUAACCUGUUCUGCCACAGCAGGGCUUAACCAACCACUCUCCAGGUUCUCAGGUGUUGCUACAUUACAUUAGUCGCUUUAAGUAAAAACUUAAAGCGGCUUACAGUUGAUCAGACCAAGCUGGGGCCAAUCCCCCCAACAGAUCUUUCCAUGGCUACACUGGAGCUGGAACCACCAACCUUCCAGGUCCAGGUUAAACACCUUAGCCACUAGGCUCCAUGUUGCCCCCUUGCUCUCGGAUCUCCUGCCCCUCUCUCAGCUCACCUCUAGGACUUCUUGGCAGACCAAGCCUUCUGGUCACCCUCUCGGAUUCCGUAGACUCCCGCCAACUCGUUGGACUUGUAAUAGGCUGAGAGGAGAAGAGGCGAGCGUUGACACAUGAGAAACUGGGACUACACCAUACAUUUCAUCACGAGAAGCUCAUGGAUAUUGUUUCUGACUCGAGAAACCCUGAACAGAUGUUACUCUUGAUCACCCCAGACCAUCAUUGUGAAAGGUCUGAGUUGGUUGUUGGUUAUUUUUGUUGAAAAAUAAAUAUUAUCCAUAUUUCUUAAGCAUGACAGAAUCAUUAAAAAAUAUCUGAUGGUGUUGGAGAUCUUCAAGAAAUUAUUGUGAUGUUAAUGGAAUGUUAUAUUAAGUUGUAUUGCUUUUGAAGAGCUAGUUUAAUUUUUUAGGCUUGUUGGGGAGUAUUCAAAUUGCAUACCAACACACACAUACAUACAAAUACUCAACUACAUUUGAGGGUUUGCCAAGUUCAGCAGUUGGAACCUUGUGUAUGAACAGGCAAAAUUACCUAGGAGGUUUAGGGUUUAGUACUCCCCUUCACCCUGUGACUUCUGAAGUUGAGUCUGAAGCAUUCAAAUUAUGCUAAAAAAUAAAAAAAGGAGAAAAAGUGUUUCUCACCUUCUAGAACAAA